UUGGGCCUCUCCCUCUCUCUCUCUCUCUCUCUUAUAGACAGAGAUGAACCCACCCACCUUCCCUUAUCUCUCAUCCUAACUCAAACCCUAAAACGCAAAGACCAGAAAAUCGCACAAAAGUGCUCGCUUAAACGUACGGUUUCUCCCAAUCAAGAUAGAUUUCUUCCCUCCCGCAAAGUCCUCCUUGUUCUUCGCACUUUAUGCUUCCUGGAAAGAGAGCAGUUGGAGGAGAAGAGGUAGUAGUUGUAGCUGAAGAAGACCAUCAAAACACUUCCGAAUCUCUGACCAAGAAGCUUAAGAUCGACUCUUUGGUCUCGUCGGCCACGGGCACCACCACAACCACAACCACUACCACUACCACAACCACAACAUCGACGAUGGGAGGAAACGUUAAUGGAAACAGCAAUUACAGUAGCGGCAACAAUGGUAAAGCUCCGAUCGGGGCUUUUGGCGGGGGAAAUUCACCUGAUAUCGAUGAGGAUCUGCACAGUCGGCAGCUUGCGGUCUACGGUCGCGAGACGAUGCGGAGGCUAUUUGGGUCCAACAUCCUUAUCUCUGGAAUGCAAGGCCUCGGUGCUGAAAUCGCGAAAAACCUUAUACUUGCUGGUGUGAAGUCUGUGACCCUUCACGAUGAGGGAAAUGUGGAGUUGUGGGAUUUGUCUAGCAAUUUCAUUUUCUCCGAGGAUGAUGUGGGGAAAAAUCGGGCUCUUGCUUCUGUCCAGAAAUUGCAAGAACUGAACAACUCCGUGGGCAUUUCUACUCUAACAACUGCACUGACUACGGAACAACUUUCUGGUUUUCAGGCUGUAGUAUUUACUGAUAUCAGCUUAGAGAAAGCAAUUGAAUUUGAUGAUUACUGCCAUAAGCAUCAGCCUCCAAUCGCUUUCAUCAAAUCUGAAGUACGAGGUCUUUUUGGUAGUGUGUUUUGUGAUUUUGGCCCUGAAUUUACAGUUAUUGAUGUUGAUGGCGAGGAUCCACACACUGGCAUUAUUGCAUCUGUUGGCAAUGACAACCCUGCUCUUGUAGCUUGUGUUGAUGAUGAGAGACUUGAGUUCCAGGAUGGGGAUCUAGUUGUGUUCUCUGAGGUCCAUGGAAUGACGGAAUUAAAUGAUGGAAAGCCAAGAAAGGUUAAAAAUGCAAGGCCCUAUUCGUUUACCAUCGAAGAGGAUACCACAAGUUAUGCUGCUUAUGAGAAAGGUGGUAUUGUGACGCAGGUGAAGCAACCUAAGGUGUUGAACUUUAAGCCAUUGCAGGAAGCACUCAAAGAUCCUGGUGAUUUUCUUCUGAGUGAUUUCUCCAAGUUUGACCGUCCACCUAUCCUACACUUGGCAUUCCAAGCAUUGGAUAAGUUUAUAUUGGAGUUGGGACGCUUCCCUGUUGCUGGAUCUGAAGAAGAUGCUCAGAAGUUAAUAUCUUUGGUCAAUAGCCUCAACAAUAACUCAACUGAUGGGAGACUUGAAGAAAUUGAUGAAAAACUUCUUAAAAACUUUGCAUAUGGGGCUAGGGCUGUGCUAAACCCAAUGGCUGCCAUGUUUGGCGGCAUUGUUGGGCAGGAAGUUGUGAAGGCCUGCUCUGGGAAGUUCCAUCCACUUUUCCAGUUUUUCUAUUUCGACUCUGUUGAGUCCCUUCCCACCGAACCUCUUGACCCCAAUGACUUGAAGCCCUUGAGUAGUCGUUAUGAUGCCCAAAUCUCAGUGUUUGGAUCCAAGCUCCAGAAAAAACUGCAGGAUGCAAUAGUUUUUAUUGUGGGAUCUGGUGCACUAGGGUGUGAGUUUUUGAAAAAUAUAGCUCUGAUGGGAGUGUGUUGUGGCAAUGAAGGAAAGCUAACGAUAACGGAUGAUGAUGUCAUUGAGAAAAGCAAUCUUAGCCGACAAUUCCUUUUCCGGGAUUGGAACAUUGGGCAGGCCAAAUCAACUGUUGCUGCCUCGGCUGCUUCUUUGAUAAAUCCACGUCUCCACAUUGAAUCACUGCAGAACCGUGCAAGCCCUGAGACUGAGAGUGUGUUUGACGAUACAUUUUGGGAAAAUUUAAGUGUUAUCAUUAACGCAUUGGAUAAUGUGAAUGCCAGGCUGUACAUUGAUCAGAGGUGCUUGUAUUUCCAGAAGCCACUUCUGGAGUCUGGCACCCUGGGUGCGAAAUGCAAUACUCAAAUGGUCAUUCCUCACUUGACGGAAAACUAUGGUGCCUCAAGGGAUCCACCUGAGAAACAAGCACCCAUGUGCACUGUGCACUCAUUCCCUCAUAACAUUGACCACUGCUUGACAUGGGCUCGAUCAGAGUUUGAGGGUUUGCUUGAGAAAACACCAGCUGAAGUAAAUGCCUACUUAAGCAAUACAGUUGAAUAUACAUCUGCAAUGAAGAAUGCUGGUGAUGCACAGGCCAGGGACAAUUUGGAACGUGUUCUUGAUUGCCUUGACAAGGAGAGAUGCGAAACAUUCCAAGACAGCAUAGCUUGGGCACGAUUGAAGUUUGAAGACUACUUUGUUAACCGUGUGAAGCAGUUGACAUUUACAUUUCCUGAGGAUGCCGUAAACAGUAGUGGGACACCAUUCUGGUCUGCUCCAAAGCGCUUUCCCCGUGCACUGCAGUUCUCUGUUGAUGAUCCCAGCUACCUUCAGUUUGUUCUGGCAGCAUCCAUAUUACGAGCAGAGACAUUUGGAAUCCCAAUUCCUGACUGGAUUAUGUCUCCUAAGAAGUUUGCUGAUGCUGUUAACAAAGUGGUACUCCCUGAUUUCCAGCCCAAGAAAGAUGUGAAGAUUGAGACAGAUGAGAAAGUGACCAGUCUUGCAACUGCAUCUGUAGAUGAUGCUGCCGUCAUCAAUGAGUUGGUUACGAAGUUGGAAAUGUGCCACAAGAAGCUGCUGCCUGGUUUUAAGAUGAACCCAAUUCAUUUCGAGAAGGAUGAUGACACCAACUAUCAUAUGGAUCUAAUAGCUGGACUUGCAAACAUGAGGGCGAGGAAUUACAGCAUUCCUGAAGUUGAUAAGCUUAAGGCCAAAUUCAUUGCUGGGAGGAUCAUCCCUGCAAUUGCAACCUCCACUGCAAUGGCCACUGGCCUUGUUUGCCUAGAGCUGUACAAAGUUCUGGACAGAGGUCACAAACUGGAGGAUUACCGCAACACCUUUGCUAACCUGGCACUGCCUUUAUUCUCAAUUGCUGAGCCGGUCCCACCUAAGGUGAUCAAGCACCAGGACAUGAGCUGGACUGUGUGGGACAGGUGGAUUCUGAGAGACAAUCCUACGUUGAGAGAGCUCCUUCAAUGGCUCAAAAACAAAGGAUUGAAUGCUUAUAGCAUCUCCUAUGGAAGCUGCUUGCUUUUUAAUAGUAUGUUCCCUAGGCACAAAGAUCGCAUGGAUCGAAAGUUGGUGGAUCUAGCCAGGGAAGUUGGUAAAGCAGAACUGCCUCAAUACCGUCGUCAUUUUGAUAUAGUAGUGGCAUGCGAGGAUGAUGAGGACAAUGAUAUUGAUGUCCCUCAGAUUUCCAUAUACUUCAGGUAAGGUAGCUGGUACCGAAUAGUCAUGAGAAUUAGCAUGGAAUAUUAGGAUGGAAACUACUGUAUCUUCGCUGCAAUUGUUGAUCUUGGUUUCCAUUUUAUUCUAUAUUACAAUUUCGACAAUUUCUUUUGAUUUGCUUAUAACUAUGAAAGGAACACAUUGUGCAAUAGUGUAUCAUGUCAAUGCACUGUUUCUGGUUUCUUGUUUUUGUGUGAACUGUUUUCUUAUAAUGUCAUAACUAUUUCUCUCCAG